ACUCCAACCAAACAUCUCCUUAUUUUUGCCAUAAAGAAGUUAAUGGACUGUCCGGAGAUGCCUCACCGGAACCAAAAACACUUUCUUGCGUAAUUCAAGCGCACAAUAUAUUCUCCCCUUUUCGUUCAGCGUAUCACUGUAUUUGACCAAAACCGAGCAAAUAAUGUCGAAUUCCGACACAAAUUCAAUUGGAAAUGCACCAACAAAUGAUUCCAGUUUAAGAAAUUCGCCUGAAAAUGAAGAUGAUAUUGCAAAUGAUGAUAAAAUCACGGGUAGUUCAGAAGCUCUAGCUGAAGGCAUUUCUACAAUGAUUGCUACUAUUAUUAGGGAUUUUGAUUCCAAGGCUGAAGAUGCUUCUCGAAGCCAAACUCACCUCUUUUCUGCUCUUGAUCGUCUUACUUCUGAGCUCGAUCAGCUAUUGGAGGAUGUACCAUUGCCAUUUAUUAUGCAGCAUGCCACCAAGCUUUCUAAUAUCAGGAAAAGAGUGUCAUCAUUGAACGCAGUCUUGAGAUCUGUGCAACAUCGUCUUGAUAAUAUCGACCGUAUGAUGUCUUUUGGCUCAAUUGAUAAUAAAUCAAAUAUAGGAGGCGCCAAGUAAAGUCCUCACAUAACAGCAAGCCACAUGUGCUUAUACGAACAAUAUCCAGCCGAGGAAAGGACAAAGGACACCUCUGAACACUAUCUCAACCAAGAGGUACAACCACACCAAGCAACCACAACUUAAAGCUGUAGCCCUUAGUUGGCGAUUGGGAUGAUGACAAAGGGGUAGUAAAGUUAGUAAUUAAAGCUGUACUAUUUGGCUAAGUAGUAUAAAUAGGUAGAGAGGAGGAGAAGGAAGGUAGGCAGAAUUUUGGAAUGAUUCCUAAGGAGAGUUGUGACUUCAAGUCACUAUUGGAGCUUGGAGCUUUGUAGGCUAAACCUACUACUAUUGUUUGUAAGAAACCAUUAAUUAGUUUACUCAAAUUUCAUAGUUUUCUCCUUCGUUGUAUAGUUAUUAUAUCGAGUAAUAUCAGUCAAUCUGGCUGCUGUCCGGUGCGGGAAACCACCACUACGAUUUAGAAUAAAAUGGUGUUUGUUAUUGCUGAAAGAGAGACAUCACAACUUAUGCAAAAUUGGAUCCAGGAGGGACUCACUACAUCUCCAGCAAGAGAGAGCGUGGAAUUUCAAUUUUGAAUGACGAACUAAGAGUUCGAUGCGAGCUUCAGAGUUUAAUGGAAGGAAUUUGGAUAGCUGGGUACUUCAACUUGAGGAUACUUUCCAAUUUUUCCAACUAAAUGAGGGGGUGAAAUUAAAGGUUUCCAUUAUUGGACUUGGUGGCAAGGCGUUGCAGGUUUUCGAACGCAAAAACGAUGGCAACCAUUUCGUGAUUGACAAGAAUUGAAGAAUUGAAGAAGUGGCUGCUCCAAUAUUUUGGGUUGAGGCGACUAAGUUAGAAGGAAAUGAGUGAGAUAUCUCCUAUGUUCUUAGAGAAGAUGGAAGAAACCUUUGAAAAGGCACAAAGAGAUCUAGAAAAAAUCACUAGAAUAACCCCUUUUCCAAGGAAGACUAAGGAAAAAGGUCAUCCAACAAAAUUAGAAGGUGAAAAUGUAGAUGAAGAGGUGGAGCGGAUACACUCUAGAUCCAAGGAAGACUGUUGAUCUUCUUGCUUGAGUUUUUAUUUUUAUCUGUCUUUUUAUUUGUAAGCAGCUGCUUUAAUGAUAAGAUCCGUCUCAAUAGUACUCAUAGGUUUUACAUGAUGUAAGUGAAUUUGAAAUUGUGGAUUUGACCAUAGACUCCCUUUCUCCACAAAUGUCUGUAAUUGUCUUAUUUUCUGACUUUGUAUUUCCGAUUCGUCAAGGCAAAUAAAUAAAGAUGAAAGCUUGUUGUUUAAUUAAUAAUGGUUGAUGGCUUAGAAAAGGUAGCUCGAGGCUACUACUCUUCUUAAUAGCUUGGGGCUAUCACUCUCCAUAGUAACUUGAGGUUACCAUUCUAUCUUAUUCCACAAUACAACCCUCCUAAUACUCAGCUGCAUACUACAAGGAAACUAGGAAACUAAGGAUAACCUAACAUUAAUGAAGUGAGUCCAUGGUCUUCCCUUUGAGGCUCUCUGGUGUGCCUCAUCCUCAUCUCAGACAUCCUGGGAGAUCUUCUAUGUCAUCUGAAGGAGGUAUUCCCAACAUCUUCGGCAUUGGCCGCCUUUCUCUGGGUCUUCUUUUAAGUGCCCUCUCCUCCUCUUCUCGGUGGCGGCCUAGAAGAUGAAGGCAUCUUACCCUCAAGCUCGCUCAAGGCGAGCUUAAGUUAACCAGCAGUCCUCGGCCUCAUGAAAUGAAGCAGUUAGAGGAUCACUAGAAUUGAUCGUUGUGACUAUAUCCUCCACAUGUCCGUCCUCAACAGGUUAGGUGUCCAAGCAUCUAUUGCCAUAACGGAUGAGUAUCCCCACAGACGUCGCCAAAUGUUUCGGGUAAUUUUGGGACAUUGGUCGCGUUCUUUGGAUAGACGGCCCGGACACCUACAAAACACGAAUAUUUAGUGGCCGGAAUAUUCGCCUCGGAAGACGGAAAAGCUCGAGAGAGAAAAUAGAGAGAAGUUAGGAGUUGUUUUAAUGCUCUAUUGAAUGUUAUAUCACAACCCCCCCCCCCCCCAUCUUAAAUGAUUGGAGUAUUUAUAGGGGUGGGGAUUUGUGCCUUUUAGGGUUAUUACCCUACAAUGACGCUUUCUGAUUGGUGGCGCAGUCAGGCAUGGAAACAUGUCCUUAGGGGCGCCGUUUUGCGGCUUUCUCAAGAUUUGGGCCUCCUCUCUUUUUCAGGUGCCGUUUGUAGGGCUUGUAUAAGUGUCAUCUUCCUAUAGUGACACGCGACGCCCUUUAAUUGGGCCACGUGUCACUAUGGGAUUGGUCCAUGUUUUUGGGGUAAUUUUUACCUUAAACAGUUGCUAUAUUAAAGGAACAGAAGAAGUAAUUAGUAAGGCAAGCCUACGCUCUCACGCUUAUUUAAGACUUAGUACUCCAAAUCACAUUAGCAAGGUGGUUAUACUUCAUUUAACUACUUCCUUAUAAAUUAGUCAUACAUAAAGCACAAAUGUACUUAUAUUUCCUAUUAAAUUACAUUAAUUCAUUACCCUACCCCUAACGAGGAUUUUACUACUCAUUGAAGUGGACAUAAGCAUGAUCUUAAGAAAAGAGAGAACAAUUGAGCUAACUAAUAUCAUCAAACUAGCUAUCAAUAUAAUAAUUGUUAAGAUUUAAGCAAUCAAACAUAAUUUUGAGUUUAUGAUUAGAAUAUUACUAGAAUUCAAGCUAAAAUUAAGCAAUUAAAGAAUAUAGUUAAUAGUCAUGAGAUUAAGUAAUGAUAAAGCUAAUUAAUGAAAGAUUAAAGUAAAGGGAAAGAGAAUUACCGAAACAAAUUUGGAUUGAUCUUGAAAUUCAAAGAUGUUGAUUAAGCUCUCUCUCUUUAUAAUCUUCUAUUUCUUGAAUUAAACAAUGCAAAAUAUCUGAAAUUGGAAAGUUAUUAUAGCAUUAAUAAAUUUCUCUGUUUAUACUUUCUAAUUACAAAUGAAUCAGCAAAAAAAAAAUCCCUUUAUUUAGUGCCUUCUUAGUUGAACUUUAUUUACUUGCUAGAAUAUAGAAGGAAGUAGGGCCACUCACACUUGUUUCAGGCAAAAAAGCGCCCUCUCAGUCUAUAGGCUCUUAAUGGUAUCUCCAAGCUUUAAUCAUUGGCUAUCUGAUAAGACUUCACCUUCAUUAUUUCUGCUCUCAUUAAUCACAUAUGCACCUUAUAUACAAAUAUUUCCCUGCAAGCCAAAUAUUACAGAAGAUAUUCCUUCCUAAACUCUGCUUGACUCCCUAAAUUAUAUCUCAACCAUAUACUUAACAUAUCUCCUAAAUAUGGUAUAUAUUAUUGUGAUACUGUCACUCAUCCUUUUUCUCGUUUACCUUUCUCCUACAAAACAAAUCACACCAAGCACAGGUAUGGGUAAUGAUAAUUCUGCAAGUAUGAGACUAUGAGGAAAAUUGGUGGAAAAUAGAAGAAAUGAUCCAAAAGUUGCAAAAAUUAAACUAAAAAAAAGAGAGGAAAAAGAAGGAUAAGUGCGGAGAAAUGCAAAAUGAGGGCAUUUAUUCCACUCAUCAUAUUCCACCCCCAAAUUAAAUAACUCACAUUAUAGGACUGUGGCAAAGGUUUAUCGCCCCCUCCCCUCCCAUAACAAUGUCUCAUCGUUGCCGUAUUGGUCCCCAUUGGAACAGUACCAACUGGAAGUUGGAGUGUAGAUGGUCGGAAAUUAUGGUAGCAUUUUAUGUGGGUGGUGGGUAGUGAUUGAAGUGAAUGUGGGAGGAGGAGAAUGGGAGGUGUGAGUUCAGCAAAAGAUUAAAACAAGGGCAUAUUGGUCAUUUAAUAUAGCGUCAUGGGUAAAAAAAUUUCAUAGCAAAUACCAAUUGACAGCAUGUCCUAUAUUAGAAGCCUGUAACCAGUUUCCUCUUUAAUUGGAGAAUAGGACACAAAAGAACCAGGCCCCCCUAUAGUCAAGUUUGUCAAAAUCAUACCCUUCCUGCUGCACUAAGUUCUCAUAAAUUCUAAGAACUAUUUUGUUCAAAUAAAUUGUGUUUCCGACUCCUUUGCUACUGGCAGCAGCUUUGCUAUAAAACUGCGAUUAUUUCAAAUUACAGAUAUUAGUCGAAAAGUACUGACUCAUCUCAGCUUCAUUAUGCUUUUGUCGUUUCUGAAACUUUUUUACUUCUAAGCUCAGGAACCAAAUGUUAACCAGCAAUGUACAGUUUAAGUUUUAUGACGAGUAAUAAGCCAAAAACUUCAAUUAUGUAUUUGAUCUCUGUUGGUGUCUGAUAUAAUAUAGCUUCACUGUCCUGUGUAAUAAUAAGCUCCCUGUGCUGGUUUACGCAAAUUAAUGGUUUCUUCUGUGGGCCAAUUUCUUCUGCUCAUCAAUGCUCUAGUCAUAUGUUACGUAUGCUAUUGAUUGUGAAGUGCAUUUACUGUAGAAUGAUGAUAUUCAGAUGUCAUUAAUUCAAUCUACUUGAAAACUUUAUGGUUUCUGUCUUAGCCUUUUUAUUGAUUCUCUGUGUUGCUUUACUCGAAUUGCUGAUUUGAGUAGUGUCCCUUUUCAUUUAUAUCAAUAUAAAGGUUCAUAUCAUAUAUAUUAUUUUUAUUUUUUCUUUUUGUUCUCUCACUUUCUCAGCUUGACUACAAUCUGUCACCAUUGUGAUUAUAGUGGAAAAUUGUUUGAGAAAGAUUGUGUCAUCUUUUAGUAACAUUUUGGUUACACUCAUUUUAUGAAGUGAUUAUGCAACACUAUAAUUAGCACGGCCUAUCUAUGAGCACCUACAGUACUGGAAAUAUAAAGAUCGUUAAUCAAAUUAAUCUAAGUUUAUGUAAGUGAUGAUAGUCUAAACUAUGUGCACAAAGUUGUCACCUAGCCCUGUCGUACUAUGUCAACUCAACAUGACUUCAGGGCCGUAGCAAUGACUUUGGAGGCCCUGUUUCAAAUCGAAAAAUAGGCCCUUAAUAAUGUGAAAAUUAUGUAAAUUUUUUUUACUAUAAUUUGGCAAUGCACAAUUUCCCUAUAUGUACAUUACAAAAUAAAAUGCUUUCGUAUAACAAUGAUGUAUUCAGUCAUGCAAAAUCAAAUUCAGGUAUUUUAUUCAUGUUGAUAAUAGCAACUAAAUACAACUCAAAGCUUAUAUCGACUUAACUUAUAUUAACUUCCAUUUAUUUAAAAGUGAUAUUCUUCUAACGCUCUUUGAGGCAAAAUCAUCAAUCCAGUAUUCAUAUUCCACUUUCUUUAGAAUAUCAUUCUCAAUUGCUAUCUUCGCUAAUCCAUUAAGUCUUUCUUGUAGCAUUGUAUAACGAAGAUAUGACUUCAAUAGCUUCAAUUUUGAAAAACUUCUCUAUGUAGUUGCAACUAUAACAAAAAUAGUUAACAAAAUUCUAUAUGCAAUAUUUGCAUUGGGAAAACAGUCCAUAUCUUUCAAUAAUCUCAAAAUAUCAAUAGGUCCUUUUAUGUCAUCGCCCAAAUUUCUUUAAGCAACUUGAACUCCACACAUAAUUCAUUCCCAUCUAUCUGAUUCUUCAUUAGACAUAAAUGCAUUUUUAAAUUUCAAACAAGAGGAUUUCAAACUUUUGAGGAGUGAAUAAGAAACCAAAAAUACUUUAAUAUUCCUCAAAUCUUUUAUAUAGAGAACUAAUAGGUAGAGGAGCAUUUGAUGAAGUGCUUUGAUUUUCAUCAAUAUGUUUUUUUCACAAAUACCCAUUUUUGACUUAAGUAAUUUUUUGUAAUUUAAUGCAUCGAAUUUUACGUUGUUGGGGAAUUAUAGGAUCAAUAUCCAUUUCAAUAGCAAUUUCUUUAGCACUAUUCAAAGCAUCUUAAAAACCAGUUUCUCUAUACCCCCUAAAAAAAAAAAAAAAAAAACCCUCUUAUUUAAUGAUAGCCACAUCCAUAUCCUUUAAUUGUAAUAGCUUGCUUAAAAAAUUAAUUGCACAUAGUAUUUCAUACCAAAUUACUAUUGUAAUUAAAAACUCAAAAUCACUAAGCUCAUUAAUUGCUAAGGAUUUGACUUCACUCUUAUAUUGUAAUCCUUAUCAUUACUAUCGGCUACUUAAAGUAAAGCUUCUCGUAUAUCUGACAUUUGAAGCCUAAUAGCCUUUACACUUUCAACACGACUUUUCUCCAAGACUUAACCGUUAAUCCUUUUACAUUGUAUUUAAAAGAUUUUCCAUCUCAUAGUAGCGAUGCAAAAAUUGUAUAUAUACGUUUUCUAAAAAAAGUCUCUAGCUUCAUUACAUGUGUUAGUCAUAUCACAUAAUGUCAAGUUUAAACUAUGACAACCACAAGGAGUAUAAAAACCAUUAGAAUUUAAAUCCAAAAAAUUCUUUUGAAAGACUUAACCGUUAAUCCUUUUACAUUGUAUUUAAAAGAUUUUCCAUCUCAUAGUAGCGAUGCAAAAAUUGUAUAUAUACGUUUUCUAAAAAAAGUCUCUAGCUUCAUUACAUGUGUUAGUCAUAUCACAUAAUGUCAAGUUUAAACUAUGACAACCACAAGGAGUAUAAAAACCAUUAGAAUUUAAAUCCAAAAAAUUCUUUUGAACUCCUUGAUGUUUUCCUUUCAUAUUGAUCUAUUAACUUGGCCUUUUCCUCGCUCAUCCAUUAUGUCAAGAUCAAGAUUUUUUAAUUCAUUUUGUAAAACAUCAAAAGGCCCUUGGCCAAUUGUAUUUUUUACAUUAAAAAAUUCUAAGAAAGAUUCCUUAAUUCAAAUAUCAUAAGCACAGACAUUCACAUUCUUAACAUCAAUGACAUUUGCUCUUGAUGGUUAAUAUUAAGAGUACAAUCAAGAUUUAUCAAGAAAUAUUUUGCUUGCUUUAUCUCUCUCAUGAUUUCAUUUUUUAUUGUUGAACCAAGCGAAAGUAUUAACUCCUUUUGAAUUGUAUGACCUAAAUAAUGAAAUUGAAUAUCAUUAUUAGUAAUACGCUUGACAUGUUCUUCAAUAAUUGGGUUGGGUCAAACUUGGGCAACUUUUCAACCAAGCCUAAAAAUUUACCAUUACUUUUGGGGUUUAGUUUCCCAUUUGAACCAUUACUUUUUUGGUUUAGUUUCCCAUUUGAACCACGAAAGGCAAGAUUAUGCUUGGCAAGAAAUUUGACAAUUGAAACAAUUCUUUGCAACACUUUCUUCCAAUGGUCUUUUUCUUUUUCAAUUAGCAUUUGAGUCGUCUUAUUAAUAGUUUGAUGCUUUUGAAACAUAAGACAUAACUCAUACCAAGUAGUCAUAUUUUGUACAUGAUCUAUGCAUGUCUCAUGUUCUUAAAGUCUAAAGCUUACAUGCCCCCAUCUGAAAAUAGCAUUUGAGUCGUCUUAUUAAUAGUUUGAAACUUUUGAAACAUAAGACGCAUCUCAUACCAAGUAGUCAUAUUCUUUACAUGAUCUAUGCAUGUGUCAUGUUCUUAAAGUCUAAAGCUUACAUGCCCUUAAUCUCAAAAUCCUUUAUUUGUUAAUUGUCCUCUGCCAAUUCCUUUUUAAAUUCCUUUUUAAAAUAUUUUACAGCAAAAACAAUACUAUACCAAGCUCUUUGGAAUAAGCAAGCCAAUCCCUAUCACAUUUCUCAUCGUUUGAUAGAACUCUAGUAUACAAGUUGGGUGUAAAUCAUCUUGAAAAUCUAUCUUUAGGACCCUUCACAAUAAAAUCAUUUUCGCUAAUAAAUCAAUCAUUUUAGAAUCACGACCAUCCCAAACUCUUGGAUCAUAUAUAUUAGGCAUAUAAAUAGUUUCAUAGUGAUCAACAUUGUCAUUAUCACAAGGCAUAUCAUUAAUAUUUUCUGCAUUAUUAUCAUUCUCAAUAGGCACAUCAUCCAAAUUGCAAUUAGCACUAGGCACUUCAUCAAAAACAUUAUCCACAUCAACAUUCUCUCCAUAGCCCCCCUAGAAUAAGGGGUGCAAAGUGCCCCUUUCCACAAGGUCCCAAUUUUAAGAUCGCUUAAUUUUUUUUCUCCUAUACUAUUUUUUUAAAAAUAAAAAUCUGUAAUGCCUUAUUGUUUCUAGCGCCCUAUAGUGCAGCAAAUCACGGGAACCACACUCAUUAUAAUUCUUCAAAAUUAUUUUCCUCUCUUUAUUCAACCUGUCGUAUUAAUUUCUACAACUUUGUAUUGCCUAUUUUUCCUUUUAAGGAUUUUCAACGGAAAAAAAAUAAAAAAUAUGUUCAGUCAAAUUCAAACGAUUAUUCUUCCAUAACAUGUUAAUGAGCAAUUAAUUUUGAUUUUCCACAAUUAUUCUUAUCAAACGGCUAAUUAUUUUCCCGUACCUCAUUCUUCAAUAAUCUAAUUCCUAAUUGAUACACAUAUACAUCAAACAAAAACGAAUUGGGAGUAUUGCUUUGACAUCUUUGUGAAUUAUUGAUUUAAGUGAUUCAUUCUUUCUAUUAUUUGCCCAUCGAUUUAAGUAAAAAUGUUGAUGUUUUAAUUUUUUCUGGUUUUGAUAAUGACAAUUGAAGCAUUUUAUUUAUUUAUUUUUUUACAAUGCCGAAAGUCAAAAUUGCUUCAAUUGACAUUAUCAAAACCAGAAAAA